GGUCGCGAGGAGGAGGAGGAGGAGGAGGGAUGAGGCGCGCGGAGGGGAAAUGGCUGCCGAAAACAAGCCGGAAGGGUUGAAAAGGAUAAGGAAUCCAGAGCGGAUGAUUAGAAUUGCCGUGGGAUACACAGGACAUGCCCCUCCCAAGAGUGAUGACACAGACACCAACGGUGAGCCUGGCCAGUUGAAGAUCUACCUACCUAAGAAGCUGUUGGAGUGUUUGCCCAAAUGUUCCUCUCUGCCCAAGGAGCGCCACCGCUGGAACACCAAUGAGGAGAUUGCAGCGUAUCUGAUCACAUUUGAGAAACAUGAAGAAUGGCUGACAACAUCACCCAAGACCAGACCUCAGAAUGGCUCGAUGAUCCUGUACAACAGGAAGAAGGUAAAGUACAGGAAGGAUGGCUACUGCUGGAAGAAGAGGAAAGAUGGGAAGACCACCAGAGAAGACCACAUGAAGCUCAAAGUACAGGGAGUGGAGUGUCUGUAUGGCUGUUAUGUCCACUCCUCCAUCAUCCCUACCUUUCAUCGCAGAUGCUAUUGGCUGCUCCAGAACCCAGACAUAGUGUUGGUACACUACCUGAACGUUCCAGCGGUGGACGACAGUGGGAAGCCGUGUGGGCCUGUCCUCUGCUCCAUCAACACAGACAGGAAGGAGUGGGCCAAGUGGAGCAAGGAGGAGCUCAUUGGACAGCUCAAACCCAUGUGUGCCGGGAGUAGCCUGCACCAGAAAUGCUCCACAGCCAAACACCGCAUUAUCUCCCCCAAAUUAGAAGCAAAGACAGGGACAGGGGAUGGGACUGGGACAGGGACAGGGACAGGGUCUGGGACAGGGACAGGGUCUGGGACAGAGGUGCAGAACAGUGAUGUGUCUGAGGGGCAGACAGAGCCCAGUCCUGGAGUGGGGGCCAGGAGCAGAGGAGGGGGGGAGAGGAAGAAUGGAAGGCUGCCCAAACCCUCCCUGCUUCCCCAGAGCAGCAUGGAAGUCUCCUCCACAUCCACCAAUCAGGUGGAGGUUCCCGACACCACACAGAGCUCCCCACUGUCAAUCACCAGCGACAUUACUGCAGACAGUCCUGCCCUCGGCCUGGCCAGCAGCCUAUCACAGAGCUCUGCUGCUGUGUUCAUGUCCGAGGUUGCCACGGUAACAGGGGAUUCCGUGUACACCACAGAACACGCCCACCUGAUUGGCUCCACCCAUGACGCCACCACCACUGGGAUUCUACUGGCUGUUGCCCCAGACACCCAGCGCUUUGAGUUCCCUGGGGGGGUGGGGUUAGCAGAGGAAGGGGGGGAGUUGGUCCUCUCCAGCAGUCUGGAUGCCGGAGGUUCUGGAGUCAACCUUCUUGAGACCAGCAUGAACUUUGACCCAGACUGCUUCCUCAACAACCCCAAGCAGGGCCAAACCUACGGGGGAGGAGGGGGUAAGGCCGAGGAAGGUAGCUGUAAUAGUGAGGGGGGGCUCCGCUGCUCUCCACAGUCACUAACGGCUAACGGCUAUGUAUUCAACGCCACGCUCGUAAACAUCAAGACCGAAGAUACUCCCCUGGAGCAGCCGCUGGAUAAUCAGAGCGGGUACGCUGGCGAGGGGACGGGCCUGAGCCCUAGCACCACACUGGAGCAAAUGGACUUCAGUGCUGUGAUGUCAUCAGCCUGCGCCCAGAGCUUGGCACAGCAGAUACACCAACACUCCCCCAGUCUCUUCUUGCAGGCCUCCCCUAAGACCCCCCUCGCCCAGGCCACCCAGCCCCAGAUCUGUGCCUCUGAGACGGGCCAGAACUCAGGCGAGACUCAGGCUUAUCUGGGCCUAUCUACUAUACCACAGACUGACUCUACAGGCACCAAUGGAGACCCUCACACAUACCUCCACCAACCCUCACCACACCAACAUGGCCACAGUGAGGAAAGCAGCCAGGGGGGUCUAGUGGGGCUGGGUAGCUUUCCUGUAAGGGGGCAGGAGAUGAGAAAAGACCAGCUGAGCACCAGAGGACCUGGGAAGGUGACGUCCCCAGAGAAAGAGACACAGAAGAGGGCAGAGUUACUCCUCAAUCCUGGGGAACAGCAUGAGGCCUACAGAAACAACACUGGUGUUGGGAGAGGUGGAGAUCACUACCUACAGCCAACAACCAAGAGUGGGGGAGUAGAGGGAGGACAAGAAAUAGGAGAGAAAUAUAUUUUCAGUAACGGGGUCAGGGAUGCAGGAGUUAACAGUGCAGUGGUGGACAGUCCUCAGUCUCUAGCUGGAGCAGCCAUGGAGGGGGGGUUGUACAGCUCUACUCUUCCCCAGCCGGGUGUAGGUGAAGCUGGGGGAGCUGAGGGGGCAGGCGGGGGCAUCAGCCUGGAAGGCUUUGAGGCAUCGUUUGGGAACCAGUUCUCUGACCUCAUCAAUGACUUCAUCUCUGUUGAGGGGGGUGGAGGGGGGGCGGUGGCCGGGACAGGAGGCAGUGCACUCUACACCCCUGCUCUGAUGCCCCAGGAGGAGGUUGGAGAAGGCCAGGAGGCAGGAGCAGCCCCCAUUCAGGGUUCAGAGGUGGAGCAGGGACCUCUAAGAUUGCUGCCAGAGACGGGGAGGCUUUUUGGGGUGACAGACUACUCCCCCGAGUGGUCUUACCCAGAGGGUGGGGUGAAGGUGUUGAUAACAGGUCCCUGGCUGGAGGCCAGCAGGGAGUACAGCUGUCUGUUUGACCACAUCAGUGUCCCAGCUGCUCUCAUACAGCCAGGAGUACUGCGCUGCUACUGCCCUGCCCAUGAAACAGGUUUGGUGAUGCUGCAGGUGGCUAUGGGUGGGGAUGUGAUCUCUUCCUCUGUGGUGUUUGAGUAUAAAGCUCGAGACUUGCCCGCCCUGCCCUCCUCACAACACGACUGGUUGUCCCUGGACGAUACCCAGUUCAGGAUGUCCAUUCUGGAGCGUCUGGAGCAGAUGGAACAGAGGAUGGCUGAGAUAACCAAUCACCAUCAGAGCUCCGAAACCACGGCAGCCACGGGGGGAGGUGGAGGAGCAGGUGGCACUGACCACCAGUCCCAGCUCUCCCCAGCCGAGGGUUCAUUUGAGGGCCGUGUGGUGGUGGUGUGUGAGAAGAUGAUGACCCGUCCCUGUUGGGUUACCUCCAAUCAGCUGAUCCACAGCCGGAGUUCCCGGGGCAUGACCCUGCUGCACUUGGCCGCAGCUCAGGGAUACGCAGGGUUAAUACAGACUCUCAUCCGCUGGCGCACUAAGCAUGCAGACAGCAUAGAUCUGGAAUUAGAGGUGGACCCGCUCAAUGUCGACCACUUCUCCUGCACCCCACUGAUGUGGGCCUGUGCUCUGGGUCAUACAGAAGCAGCGCUGGUUCUGUACCAGUGGGACCCCAGAGCUUUGGCCAUCCCUGAUUCGCUGGGCCGCCUGCCACUCAGUAUUGCACGCUCACGGGGACACACUCGCUUGGCCGAGCUACUGGAGCAGCUGCAACAGACUCCUCCUACUCAGAGUCCACCCAAUGACACCUGGAUGGACAGGUGGAGCAGCGAAUCAGAGCCCAGUGGACAUAGGGAAAGCCCCGCCCCCAGCUCUAACCCAGACCUAAGGAGAACCAGGACAGAACCACAGCAGAGCACCCAGAACCACAGCCAGAGUCAGAGCUGGGCUCACCAGGGCCAACCCCAGUUGCAGGGCCAACACCGGGGGCCACCAGACAACCAGGGAGACCUACCACCAGCCAAGAGACUCAAACUCAACCCUGAUGCCCAGCAACAGCCAGUCAACCCCCCACGCUCUCAACUACCCAACCUCAGCCCCCUAAACACUCACCCCCCCAGACCCAGCUCUAACACCCCAAAUCCCCACUUCCCCAGCCCACCUCUGCAGACCAGGUUAGGGGGGUCAGGGGGUGGCAGUAGGUAUAGCUUGCGGCAGGCUCUUGGGAGGCGGAGUUUGGCCAGGAGGAUUCUGGGAAAGGAGAGACUGGCCAAUCAUCUGCGUCAGAGGGGCGUAUCCACCAGGGGGGAGGAGCCAGAACUGCUGACCUAUCAGGAGAACAGUGAAGACCUGCAGAUGAACAUGAUGAUGCUGGCAGAACACAUCAUGGAGGCCACUCCUGACAGGAUCAAACAGGAGGGCUUUGUUGCCACGGAGACUGAGACGUCGCCACCGGAGACCGUUGGGGUCAGCGGUGAUGUCAGCUGGUUGGCUAGUUACAUUGGUGACGUGGAGCGGUUUCUAUACUCCAGGCCCCAGAUGCCCACCCCAAGCCCCAUACCAAGCCCCCUGUCUGGGCCUGAGGAUGAGGAAAGUCCCCUGGCUCCGCAAGGCCUGCCCUCCCCAGCCGACUGGAGCUCCUUCCUGCAUGCAUCACUCAGUGGAGAGGGCCCAGACACCAACCCUGCCCACCUCACACUGACAGAGGCGGAGCAAAGAGAACUGUACGAGGCUGCAAGACACGCCCACCACACCCUCAGAAAGUACAAGGGCCGGCCAAUCCAGGAGCAACGUAAAGAAACAGUAGCAGUGGUCCAGCGCUGCUAUAAGAAAUACAAACAGCUGUCAUGGAUAGCCUUGAAGUAUGCACUUUAUAAGAGGAUGACGCUGGCAGCCAUUUUGAUCCAGAGCCGCUUCCGCAGUUUCCACGAACAGAGGAAGUUCCAGCAGAGCCGGCGAGCAGCAGUACUGAUCCAGCAAUACUACCGCAGCUACAGACACUCUCUCAGCAGUCUCCUCACUAAGAGACAGAACCAGGCUGCCCGUAAGAUCCUGAGGUUCCUGCUCAGAUGCCGCCACAGCCUCUUGAUGGACCAUAGACCAGUCAAGCGGGGCAAGAGAGCAGAGAAAGGCCAGGGGUCCUGAGAGCCCACGACCCAGUCCAACACAGAGCCCCCUCAUCCUGUGAGCUCCUCUCCACUCUUCUCUUCCCUCUCCUCCUGUCCCUUCCUCCCUCGGUCUCACACAGGGGCAAUUCUCUUUUCCUCCCUCUCCUCAUACCAAUCUCACAAUGGGACUACUUCACAGUCCACACUCCUCUUCUACAAACAGACUGCUAACACUCAAACAGGAGAAUGAGGAGGGAUACAUGGCAACUAUAUCACUGAGACAACACAGAGACAACUCUCCUCUCUCUCCUCCCUCUGUUUCUCUGAGACAAACGCUUCCCAAACAGACAGGUACACUGCUCUGGGAGACUGCUCUGAUGAACAUAUGGCCCUGGCUCUGGCCACAGCCUCGCUUUACUUUCCUCUUCCUCCAGAUCACAGAGAAGAAACUACAUUACCCUUCCUGGCAUCUUUGCACUCUUCACAGAUAGAUCAAUGUUUUCUUCAAGAGCAGAAAAGAACAAGAGAAAAAGAUCAGGAUGCAGCUGAAGAUGCACAUUUUUUAUCGAACGCGUUCGAUACGGAGAAUGGGAUGAUUGGUUUUCUCAUAUGGGCAACAUUUGCAUUGACAUGCAUAAUCUAUAUUGGACCUGUUGUACUUGCUGUAUAUAUGAUACAUUUUAGGAAAGGAAAACAUAAACCAAAUAUCACUCCCAUAUCCUGUAUGCAUGCACUGUUUUUCACUAGCUCUUCUCCCAUGGCUUUUAUGGCAGUUGGCAAAGUCAAUGUGAUCACCACACUCUGAUUGGCUGGCUAGACAGGUCAACCAGUCACCCAGUCCCCCAAAGAGAAGUACUACACUUGAAUGUAAGAAGAACAUUAACAGAUAGCGGUUUAGGUGUAAAUAACAGUGUCUUAAUUUGUUAUAUUGACUUGUCUAUGAAGUCAUUCUCUGAGGAAGCAUUUUGCUAGCCUGAUGUGUGAGUCUGUGUUUGUUGAAUCUAAUGCAUGUGUUUGAGCUGUGAGCUCCUGCAUGCGAACCAAACUUGUUUGUUUUGUAUUUAUGUGUAGUGGUGUCUCACUUCUGUCCUCAUUGACUAACUCUACCCUGUGUUUAUCAUGUGCUCUAUGUAAGGAAAAUAACCUGGGUUUUCUGCUUUUAUUUAUCUAUUUGUUUCAUUUUUCUUAUUUACCUUGUUAUUUUCUUUCAUUUAAUUUACAGUAAGAAAAUGGCUUUUUAGCCCGAGUUAGUUUUAUCCCCCUAUUGUGUGGUAAUGUGUGGUAAUGUGUGGUAAUGUGUGACAUAUUCGGUUCAGAUGGUUAUCUGUCUCUGUCAAUUUGUUCUUAACAUGAACUUCAAAAAGCCACAUAUGGUUUUGAGGAGAGUGUCACAUUGCAUUGCCUUGACUUCUUAUAGUCUGUGAGAAGUCCCUAUACUUACUAUACGCUAGCCCCUGUCUAGGACAUGGGUCCCUAUAUUAGCCCUUAUAGAGUUUAGCCCAGCCCAUAUUUUUGACUAUAUAGCGUCUCUGUACAUAAAAUGACGAGGUAUGGGUAUAUAUGGAGACCCCGGAUCUUUUUCAUGAGAAAAGACUGUAUUUAAGAAUAUAUAUAAUUUUACUUCUAUAACAACAGUAUGAGCAGAUAGAGACCCGGGUAUACAGGACAAUUGUAUUGUUUGUAAAUAAUGUAAAUACUAACCAUGGAUCUAUGUGCAUGAGAAAAUAAGACAAAGAAACGAGGCAAGAAAAUCAACAUACAUUUUUUUGUGGCUAUGGACUGUAAGAGGAUUUGAACUACUUCACUUUACAAGUGUUUGAUAAAAGUGUUAUUGAAGAACAUUUUGCUAAAGCAUGACGUUGAUGACAUCUUAUGUUAAAACCAGUGAUAUAAAGAAUAAGGGCAGAAAGCUAAAUGUAUACACAACAUGCUUUUGAUUUCAGGCUAGCAAAAAUGAAAUCAUUUUGCUAGUGGUGCCAAUUAUUAUGAAUUCUACUUUUCCCUAGGACCCUAGGAUUAGCGCAGGAGUUUUUCCUGACCAUGUGGUCACUUGUUCAGGAAAAACUCCUGGUCCAGGAGGUAAAACAUACAAGUAUUAAAUAUACUGUACACAGUCAUCUCAAGCAACUGACGAGUGGGAAAGCAAGGAGAACUUCAUAAUCUAUUAUUUUAAAGUGUACACAGAAUGAGUUCGUGUCAGGUGUCAAAACCAAACAAACUGGUGAUGGGUGAUGUUUCUGUUAGUGUGGUCCUCUGUGGCUCAGUUAGUAAGAGCGUUGUGCGGGCAAUGGCAAGGUUGUUGGUUAAUUUCUUGCAGGGAUCACACACAUACUCAAAAUGUAUGCCCUCACUGUACUGAGUAAGUUACAUUGGAUAAAAGUGUCUGCUAAGUGGUAUAUACUUUUAUGUUAAUGCAAUUGCAGAUUUGAAACUUUCAUCUCUUAACUUCAGACAGAUAUUUUCCCCUUCAAAUUCCCCAGUAUGUAAUUGCCAAUAGUAUGGCCUGUGUUACAAUGAGGCGUUUCCUUCCCUAGAGUGUCUUACAGAUUUGUUUUGACUGAGAAUUAUGACCAGUUUGGUUUAGAAAGUGCCUACUCAUAUACAGAACGUGCAAGCUAAUAUCAGGAACCCACUAUAUGUCUCCAAACGAGUUAACUCAUUCCCUCUAUAGUUUCCCAAACUGUGUGUGAUGAUUAUUCUACACAAACGAUUGGCACCCAGUCUUAUUUUGAACUCUAAUUGGUUAGUGAUUUUGGUUGUUCUUCCUAUACCUAAGUGUUUAUGCAUUCAAAAUAUUCCAUUGUUAAAAGACAAGUUGGCUAUAGCAGAAACAGACUGAUACUAGUCCUGCUCUUGGUCCUCUAAGCAGAUAAUGUAUUUUCCUCCUCCUACCAGGUAGAGACUGAGUAGUGGAUCCCAGCAUACAUUACCAUGGUUCAUUUGGGUUGCUACAUUUUUUUUUUUUUUAUCCGUAGCUCUGAUUUGCCCCCUACAUAUAUUUAUUUGUGAGAAGGAAACAUUGACAACGUUUCAAUCCUCAUUGGGAUCUCAGUUAGGUUGCCAGAUUAUGCCAUAUCUCUGACUGGGCUGGUUGAUAUAUUAUAGGCUAAAUUUUGCAUGGCGCAUUCACACCCAUUUUACAGUAAUGGCAGUACAUGUAGGCCUAGACACUCUCAUAUAGAUACCCUGGGUUAAGUCUUUAGUGAGAUGUAGAGCACAAGAAACCCUCUUUCUGGAAUUCAACUGCUGUAUGGUCAUUCUCAAGAUGCAAAUAUCUGUUUUGAACAUUGAUAAAGUGUAUUCUUCUGCAUGGAAAUUGCAUGACAUUUCACUUUAUUUAUCAUCUGUUCAGUCCUGGCAGUAAUGUUCUUCCAACGUUCUUACAUAAAAACAUAUCUUAGCUGGAGCAAACUUCACACUCACAGACAGAGACAUGCACACGACUCACUCGGUCGUCUCACAAUCUCCAAUCUUGCACACACAUCACACUCUCUCUCUUUUCUUUUUUCUUAGGGAGCAGUAACUCCCUCAGAUUUAAACUCAGGGUUCUAGAAUGGCUUGGGGGUGUGGAGUAGGCCCUGUGUGUGCAUGUGUGCGCGCGUGUGUGUGUGUGUCAAUCAGCCAAUUGUGAUUAGGCUAUACCUCUUUCAUAAGAUGACAGUGGCGAUGACCCCACAGAGAUGUGGCAGCCUGAGGUCUUGUUCACAGGGAGUUGGCCUGAGAUGGGUGCCACACACAUCAUCCCAUCUAUAAAGGACUUCCACUUCCAAACACCUGAGACACAACAUAUAACAUAUAUAAUACAAACAUUCAAAUAUAUGUAGAGCCUCACAAAGAAGACAAUAAUAUCCUCUCUAGGGCCCGGAGUGGUUUUCCUGACCAGGAAAAACUCUGGGCAUAGUCAUUAUGGCCCAGGAAUUAUUCAUGUUGGAAAGGCUCUCCAGCCUAUCGCUGUUUCACUCUGUAGUCAACUCUUGAAUGCGCUUAAUCAUUUUAUACCCUGGCCUGGAACUGUGCCCUCCAACCACAUCACAGCUACACUAACAGAAACACAGAGAGGCGCUGCUGUUUAAAGGGGGUGAAUUCACACUGGAUAAGGCUUUCCACUGAAACACACAGAGCAAUAAACAAACAUAUACAUUUUCUAAAUAAUGAUCUGUAAAUUUAAGUAAGCGUAGAGAUCAGUUUAUAGAGAAAAACAUAAGCUAUGUCACAGGCAACUUUGACUUCCUCUUCUGGAAAGUGGGCCACAGUCAGUAGCCGAACGUUGCAGAUAGAAAUGCUAUGAAUAUAGCUGACGUGAUUCCUUAUUCUACAUGUCAGAGAGGCAUGUUUGUUCUACAUGCCAUAUUUCUAUCUGAACAUAACAAAACGCUGCGCCCUGCUGAACUCGCUCCUGGGCAAGCUGCACAGAGGUGACCUUUGACACACAGGUUAAAGGUCAAAUAAGAGAUAGAUUUUGAAAUACAGGCCAUAGUUAUAACGGGCUAUGGGCUAACAUCACACUGCAUGUUUAAAUAGUGCUAGCUAGACUUCUCCCUCUCUUUCUCUUUUCCUCUCUCAUCCCUAGCUUUGUUCCCUCCUAUUUUGUGUUCUUCAUGCCCCUUCUCUCUCUUUCUCUCUCUCUCUUUCUACCUCUUUCCCUCUUUUGUAAGUGAUUUUUUUAAUAAUGUGCAUGUAUACGCAUCAAUAAAUAGUUGAAUAUGUUUUUAAAAAGAACCUUCUGCUGCUGAGGCCAUGCACAGUGUUUUGAAUUGCCCUUAUAUGUGGAACAUGUACUUUGAAUGCUUUACAUAAUUUCUGCUGUAAAAUGAAAUCUGAGUAAAAAGAAAAUUUGCACUUUA